AUGUCUGAGGGCUCAGAGAGUGAUGAAUGUGCAACAGCUAAUGGGAGGGUUUAUAUUCCUGAAGUAAGAAAUGAGGAAACACCAGCAGUUGGGAUGAAGUUCGACUCGCUUGACCUCGUUUACAAUUUCUAUAAUAGAUAUGCAUUCUUGGCUGGCUUUGCAUGCGCAUUUUUGAGCAAGGAAACGACUGAGUCGUUUGUUUGGAUAUUUGAGGAGUUUAAGAAAGCCAUGCCAGGUGGCGAACCUAAAACAAUUAUUACAGAUCAAGAUGCGGCAAUGGCCAUAGCGAUUUCAAUAGCCUUCCCGACUACAUUUCAUCGAAUUUGCAUAUGGCACAUCACAUCAAAGUUCUCUGUUAAGUUACCACAUUCUGCUUAUAAGGAGUAUUGGCGUGAAUUUCAGAAAGCCAUAUGGGAUACUGACAAUAAGGAUGAGUUUGAUGCAAAAUGA